UAGUAAAAGGUGUAGCCCUCUCUCUCUCUCGCUCGUUCCUCUUUCUCAUUCAUCUCGUUUCUUUCUCUCUCUAAAUUUCUGGUUCGUUGACCUAGGAUUUUCUAAUCGGCGAAGCCAGACUCGUGAUUCCACGGUCUAGAUCUAUUCAUCUCCGGUCCAAUUUCACAAAUCUAAGAUCUAGUGGAAUCUCGCCCGACAACGACGUUUGCUUCGAGUUAAUCUGCAAGUACCCAGCUCAGGUUUUGAGGUUCUAAAGGCUUGUAAACUGUUUUUUCGUAUCUGGGUUUGUUGUUGUUCUCUUGAGCUCUAUAAUAGAUCUGGGGAGAGAAGCGCUGUCGUUUUUUGGGGUUCAUUCUUUGGUUGAGUUUCUUAGCGCCUAGGGUUUGUGUUCAGAUCUGGGUUUGAGAGUGUUGAUCGUUGUUCUCUUGCUUAAAUUGGAAAUGUCGAUUCUAUCGAAAGGCGAUUCGAUUCACAUCAGAGAAGUAUGGAAUGAUAAUCUUGACGAAGAGUUUGCAUUAAUUCGUGAUAUUGUUGAUCGGUUCAAUUAUAUUGCUAUGGAUACUGAGUUCCCUGGUGUGGUGCUUCGCCCUGUGGGGAACUUCAAGAACAUUAAUGACUAUAAUUACCAGACUCUGAAAGACAAUGUCGACAUGUUGAAAUUGAUUCAAUUGGGUCUCACCUUCUCCGACGAGGAUGGGAACCUUCCCACUUGCGGAACUGAUAAGUUUUGCAUUUGGCAAUUCAAUUUUCGUGAGUUCAACAUAAGCGAAGACGUCUUCGCUAGUGAUUCGAUCGAGUUGUUGCGUCAGUGCGGGAUUGAUUUCAAGAAGAACAAUGAGAAGGGCAUUGACGUGAAUCGCUUUGGGGAGCUUUUGAUGUCGUCUGGGAUUGUGUUGAACGGUGGUAUUAAUUGGGUGACAUUUCAUAGCGGGUACGAUUUUGGGUACUUGCUCAAGCUAUUGACCUGCAGAAGUUUACCCGAUUCACAAGCAGACUUCUUUGAUUUGAUCAAUAUCUACUUCCCAAUGGUGUAUGACAUUAAGCAUUUGAUGAAGUUUUGCAACAGCCUCCAUGGUGGGUUGAAUAAGCUUGCUGAGUUAUUGGACGUGGAAAGAGUUGGCGUGUGCCAUCAAGCCGGUUCUGAUAGCUUGCUCACAGCUUGCACAUUCAGGAAAUUGAGGGAUACCUUUUUCAGUGGCUCCACUGAGAAAUAUGCAGGUGUCCUAUAUGGUCUUGGUGUUGAGAAUGGACAGAGUACUAAUUGAAAUAUGAUAUAAUCUUAUGGCUAAAAGAUUGAUGAAUAUUUGUAGACUAUUCGAGUGUGAGAGAUUCAGUCUUCUUUGUACACUUUGGUAAAAGAACCGUUGUGUUAGUUUUUAACAUUUCUUCUUUCCUCGUUUGUAACUGAAACCUUAACUGGUUCUGUAGCUUUGUGUUUUUGUAAAUUAUAUUAGUGUUUCAAUAAAAGAAAAGUUUAUUAAGUUUC